AUGGCCCUGCCCUUGUUUAAGCAUGAGUUUGGUACAUGCUGGCCAUCCAAGGGUGGCAUCGCACUUCCAAAGGUUCAUAAUGCCCUGCGUGAGUUCCUUGGUAUCGGCCGCUACGUCUCCAGUAUUCUGCGGCCUAAAAUGUCAACAGAGGCUAAAGACGCCUUUUGCAGCCAGAUCCGAAAACUUGGUGCUCGCUGGUGGGAAAGGGAGAAUGAUGACGGAGAUGACUGCCAUAAGGCUCAAAGUAACGGUUAUACUUGCCGAGACGUCAAAGUCCUAUAUGUCGGCUGGCCAGCUUCAGGCGGUGUCUGGGUGCUUCACACAGAUAUCUGGAACGCGUCGGAUAAUGGGUAUGGCGUCAUCUACAACUCUCUCAACAUGUAA